AUCAGUCGGUGGCUUUUAUAUAAACGUAGAAUGUAUGAUAGCUAAUGGUACAUAAUCUCUAUAGUAAACUCGUCCCACAGGGAGAGUGAACCUCGAAAAUCGCUCUGAGUAGCAAAUUUUCAUAAACUGCGCAUGUGUAAGGACAAGUGAGAGAAUAAUUAGUACACAGAAAACCUACAGUGGGAGUAAAAACCGAAAACACCCGAGGGACACUCUCUUGUUGGGACAAUUUUAUAUUUAUCGUUGAGUAAAGGAAUACGUGAGUGACAUUGAUUAAUAUCCAAGUUUAUUAUUUCACGUGAUUAUCGAAUAUCAAAAAUACAUAGGUGUAAUUGUGACCUGAAUUAUUUUAACGUAGGGAAAAGAGAUUUCCUCUAUAGUUUAAAAUGUCACAUCACAGCGACGAUAACAUGUUGAUAGCUACCUCGGACUCUUUUUGGGAACCAGGCAACUACAAGCGUACAACUAAGAGAAUUGAAGAUGGUCAUAAGUUAUGCGAUAGUUUGAUAGCACUUGUCCAAGAGCGUUCAGAAAUUGAAAAAAAUUAUGCUAAAGCCUUAAAAGCGUGGUCUAAAUCGUGGAAUGAAAAAAUUGAAAAGGGCCCGGAAUAUGGUACUACUGAAGCGGCAUGGAAGAGUUCGUUGGUUGAAUCUGAUAGACUCUGCGAUCUUCAUUUACGUGUAAAAGAAAAUUUAUCUAAUGAUAUCGUUCAACAGAUUAAAACAUGGCAGAAGGAUACAUAUCACAAGUCGAUGAUGACUCUGAAGGAACGCAAAGAAAUGGAGGAUGCUUUCAAAAAAGCUCAAAAACCUUGGUCAAAGUUACUGCAAAAAGUCGAAAAAGCGAAACUGGAUUAUCAUAAUAGUUGCAAAACGGAACGGACGGCAGCUAAUCAAGAACGUAAUGCAUCGGCAGACAGUUCGUUAUCGCCUGAUCAGGUUAAAAAAAUGCAAGAUCGAGUACAAAGAACUAAAGAAGAAGUACAGAAAGCAAAAGAAAAAUAUGAAGCAGCUUUGCAAGAAAUUAAUCAGUACAAUCCUAAAUAUAUGGAAGAUAUGACCCAAGUCUAUGAAAAAUGUCAAGAAAUGGAAGCACAGCGACUGCAGUUUUUCAAGGAUGUACUUUUUGGGAUUCACAAGUGCUUGAAUAUAUCACAUGAUCCAGUUCUUCCCCAAAUUUACGAAGAAUUUUACCACACAAUUAACAAUGCUGACUACGAGAAGGAUCUAAAAUGGUGGUCAAAUAAUCAUGGUGUAAAUAUGGCAAUGAAUUGGCCUGAAUUUGAGGAUUACACAGAAGAAUUUCGAGAUAUCGCCAAGGGAACUAAGUCGAAAGAAGCAAUACCCGCAGGAUCAAUUACACUCAUCAAUCAGAGACCUGUCGGUGAAGAUUUGCAUGAUUUUCUACCAGUAAAUAAGGCAAGAGUGAAAACGUCCCCACGAAUGAUCCCAUUAGACAUCAAUCACGCAAGUGGGGGAAUAGAUACAUUGGAGUCUCAUACACUUUCUGAAAAAUGUCAUGACAAUAAUACCGUGAGCAGAACUUCAGUAGUAACAAACGGUACGAACGAAAAGCAAGAAUCAAAUCCUUUUGAUGAAGAAGAUUGGGAUGAGGAUGUAGGUGAAGCACUUGUUGACACUGGAGAACCUGGAGUUCCGGUACGUGCUCUUUACGAUUACGAAGGUGCAGAAGCGGACGAAUUAAGUUUUAAACAAGGUGAAAUUUUUGAAAAGUUAGAAGAUGAAGAUGAACAAGGCUGGUGUAAGGGAAGGAAAGAUGGAAGGGUUGGACUCUAUCCAGCUAACUAUGUAGAAAUGAUAUCAGAAUGAACACUUAGACAAAAUCGAAGAUAAAUGUGCAUUUAAGAGAAAAAACGAUAACGUGAAGGUUAAUAUUUCCAACAGAAAAUAAAAAAUAGAAAUAAUAGGAACGAUAAAUGUUAACAAUAUAAAUAAAGCAGAAAGCUAGAGUUUUAAAAAAAU